AUUCUGCUAAUACAUCUCUCAAAGCUCUCCUCAACAUCAGGAGGCUGUUCCUGCUGCUCGGGGUCACUGGGCUGCUGGCAGGGACGGCAUCUGGGGCAUGGCUUCUAGGUCAGUGCCUGCCAAACUGUGGGCAGUGCAUCCUCGGAUGCUGCUCAGGUUGUGUGAGUCCACCCCUAUCCCCUUCUCUGUUUCCUGAAGUGAAACACCUGAAGAAGCCUCAGCCAGACCAGGACUUCACCCCACUGCAGGAGCCAGAAGCAAUCCCAGCGUGCAGUGAUGGUGAAGAGGAUGAGCCCGUGGUCCGUGGGGCCCCCAAACACUGCGAGGAAGGGAACUUGCAGCUUGUGUUUAAUGGAAUGGCUUUAGUGUCUUUCAGAAUAAACGUGGUAAACUCCUUGCUGGAAGCGCAGGUGACAGGCCAUCCUGGCUGGCUCCUGGCAUGCCAUGAGCACUGGAGUUUCUCCCUGGGCACCCUGCUUUGCCGGCAGCUCGGGUAUCUCAGAAUGUCCCAUCAGAAAGGAGUGAACCUGACAGACAUCGAGGUGCAUGACACACAGGAGUUCAUUCAGGUGAGAUCUCACCAGGAAGGCAGCCUGGAAGACAUGUGGCAGGUCAGGAGCAGCUGUGAAUCAGGCCGAAUUGUGGCUCUGAAAUGCUCAGAGUGUGGGCUGCUCCCCGGCUCUGGGCGGGUGGUCGGGGGAGCGGACGUGCCCCCCGGGCGCUGGCCCUGGCAGGUCAGUGUGUACCACGGCUCCCAGCAUCGCUGCGGGGGAUCCGUGCUGGCACGAGAAUGGAUCGUGACGGCAGCUCACUGCGUGCACAGGUACCUCCCAGCUCUCCCUGCCCAGCCCCAGAGGUUCUGUGUCUGCUCUUACCCCAGGCCUUGGCAUUCUUGCCCUGCAAGGCACGCUGUGUUUUUGCUCAGUUACAGGCGGCUUCAAGCCUCUGCCUGGCUGGUUUUCGCAGGUGUCAUCACCCAUCGCUCCAUCAAGAGGGAGGCUGGGGUAUCAGUAAAGAAAAUAAUUUACCACCCCCUUUAUAAUGACAAUAGCCUUGACUAUGACAUUGCUCUGAUGAAGCUCCAGGUCCCCCUGAAUUUCUCGGAUGCCAUCUGUGCAGUGUGUCUGCUGCCCUCCCACCAGGACCUCUUCCAGGGCACGCAGUGUUGGGUCUCUGGCUGGGGCUAUACCAGACCAGACCAAGCACAGGUUACAGAGACACUGAAGGAAGCACUCGUUCCCUUAAUCGGUACCAAGAGGUGCAAUAGCUCGUGCAUGUACGCAGGCGAGCUCACUGCCAGGAUGCUGUGUGCCGGCUACCCGCAUGGGCAGAUAGAUGCGUGCCAGGUAACCGGAGGGAGCAACUGCUAA